AAGGCAGAAGCGGCACGGACAUCCCCCGAAGGGCACGCUGGUCUCCGCUUGCGUUCCCGCUGGCAGACCAAGGAACAGAAGGAGACCCCGGCAACCCAUCCGGCCCUCGGCUUGACCAUGCAGUCGCACCUUACGGAGCGGGUGCAGGUCCAGGUAGAAGAAGAGGUCUUCUUUGUGGACAAAGCUCUUCUGGUGGAACACAGCGAAUACUUCCGCGCCCUCUUCCAGUCCGGCAUGAAAGAGAGCACGCAGAAAGAGAUCCGGAUCCGGGAUCUGAGCGCCACGGGUUUCCUCAUCAUGUUGAAAAUCCUAGAGGGGGGUUACCCUACGCUGGGCUGCGAGGAGAACCUCCGGGCGGUGGAGUGCGCCGCCUUCCUGCAGGUCAAGGCCAUGGCUCGAUAUCUGAUCAGCUCCAUCAAUUCUGAUAACUGCAUCAUCCUGUACCAAGCGGCGGCCAUGUUUGGACUUCUGGAUCUCUUCCACAGUGCCGCGCUGUACAUAAGGGACAGUUAUUCUGACCUAGAAGAGUACCUGGACUGCCUCUCUUCAGAACUUCUGGAUUACGUCGAGUCCCUUAUCCCCAGCACCUUUGUGGCCGUGGGAGCCCACACGCCCACUUUUGAGUUCUUGGAGGACCUCUCGCGAACCAUCUGCUACCUGGACGAGGAGAGCAACACCUGGAGGACGCUCUCCUGUUUACCGCUGAGGGCCAGCACCUUCCUCGCCGGCAUGGCCAUGACGGAUAACAAGAUUUACAUUGUGGGCGGGGUCCACGGUUACAACAAGCAAAUCGUGGACCACAGCUUCUGCUACGACGCCACGACGGACACCUGGAGCGAGUUCUCCAGCCCUCAGCAGCUCCGCUACGAUGUCACGCUGAUGGCCCACGGAGACGACCUGUACGCCAUCGGUGGGGAGUUUGAGAAGACCCCGCUGAAGUCGGUGGAGAAGUUCAACAUGUCCACCAACGCUUGGAGUUUCGUCUCUGACCUGCCCCAGCCAACAGCUGCAGCCCCCUGCGCCCAAGCGAUGGGGCGCAUCUUUGUUUGCUUAUGGAAGCCCCUGGACACCACCAUCAUCUAUGAAUACGAGCAUCGGAAGGACGAAUGGCUUCCCGUCUCAACCCUCAACAGGCCUCAGAGCUACGGCCAUUGUAUGGUGGCCCACAGGGACAAUCUCUACAUCAUGAGGAACGGGCCCUUUGACGACUUCCUGCGGUGCGUGAUUGACUGUUUCAACCUCACCACUAAGCAAUGGACAUCUUUGCCGGGGCAGUACAUGAACAGCAAAGGGGCCCUUUUCACGGCUGUCGUCAAGGGGGACACGGUUUACACCGUCAACAAGAUGCUAACGCUGCUGUACAGCAUAGACGAGAAUACGUGGAAAUUCAAAAAGGAGAAGGCUGGAUUUCCAAGAAGCGGUUCUCUUCAGACUUUCCUUCUCCGGCUUCCGAGAACCGAUCACAGCAUUGCGACUUAAGCUCUCCGGAUCGUUCUCGCGUAUAGAGACGUCUGACUUCUCAUCCAUGGACAAGACGCUCAUGGUUUCUCUUUCCUUUCCUAGGGCUCCAGAGGUACAGCAAAAAUUUGACCCUGGUUUGGACAGAUUCUCCUUGUGGCUUCUGAGACAGCAGAACCUCGAAAAGAGGUGGCUUCGGGGUGACCCCCAGUGCAGUGUUUGCAAGACCUGAUGUUCUGACUCCUGUGAACAGGUUCCUAGUUCUGUGGGUCUCGAACAAUGGUCAUUCCACGCGUGUGUUUUUUUACUUGAACUAGUAGGUGUUCCGGGAAGGAAGGUGUCACGGUAUCGCCCGAUCUCAUCAGAUCUCGGAAGCUCGGCA